UACAAUGAUUUUAAAAUCGAGAAAUUCUCAUAGAUAUAAAAGCCCCCUGGGCAUUUUGUUAACCGUUAAAGAUAUAACCGCUUUUCUGUUACUUAUUGUACAGUCCGGUAUUUUGACCAAUGGACCUUGUUCGGAGGAUAGCUUCUACAACGGUUGUUGUCCUGGCACAUCUUGGAAUUCCACACUUCAACAGUGUCUUGAUUGUUCCCCAGGGUUGUACGGAGAAAAUUGUAGUCAUCCUUGUUUGUAUCCAAAAUUUGGUGAUAAAUGUACAAACACAUGCAACUGUAACAUAAGCUCGUGUAAUUUCGCUGUAGGAUGUGCAGUUUUAGAAAUCACUGAGGAGGAGGACAUCACUGAGGAGGAGGAGGAAGAGGAAGUGACGGUCUUAAGACUCAGCAACGGUUAUCUACGCAUGUCUGUAAUCGUAUCUUCUAUUCUGGUGGCAGUGUUGUUGAUUGUGUACUUGAUAAUCUUACUGCAUGAAAAAAGAAACGACAGUCAGAAUGACAAUGAAGACACUGAAUAUGAAAAUUGCCGUUUCUAAAUUCAGAUACAAGAAAAUGCACCUUGAGAAAAAAUUAGG